AUGUUCCUCGCCGCAGCCCCAUACUUCGCCUCCCGCUUCGUCGGCGACGCCUGGAUCGAGGCAAACUUCCAGUCCACCAUCCUCGCCGUCUCGACCCUCACCACCCUCGCCGUCGUGCUCAUCCUCUCCAACAUCCAGUCCUCCGCCUCGUACCCCUUCCGAAUCAACCUCGCCCUCGUCAUCAACAGCGUCAUCUUCGGCCUGCUCACAAUCUCCACGGCCGUCUUCCUCGAUGCCUCGCCUCGCCAAUACCUGAGCUUCGUGCUCGUCAUGGUGGCCUUGACGGCCUGGGCGGCCGGGUUGAUGCAAAACGGCGCGUUUGCCUUUGCUGCUGGCUUUGGACGGCCAGAGUACAUGCAGGCCCUCAUGGUGGGCCAGGGCGUGGCCGGUGUUUUGCCCUCCAUCGCGCAAGUUGUUUCUGUGCUGGUUUUCCCUCCCAGCAAGGAAAAGGCAAACACAUCUGGCGAGAGACAAGGCGAAUCGUCUGCAUUCUUCUACUUCCUCGCCGCUGUCGUCAUUUCCAUAAUCACCCUCGGGGCCAUCAUCCCCCUCGUCAGACGCCACAACCGCAUGGUAGCAGACCGUCUCUCAGAGCGCCUCGCCUCCUCCAUGACCAGCAUCGAAGAAGCCGAGCGCGCCACCCGAAAAGUUGUCUCCCUCCUCCACCUCCUAAAGAAACUACACUGGCUCGCCUUUGGCGUAGCGCUCAUCUUCACGAUAACAAUGUUCUUCCCCGUCUUCACGGUCAAGAUCCUCUCCGUGAACGAGGACGGCGGCCGCCUCAUCUUCCAGCCCUUCGCCUUCAUCCCCGUGGGCUUUCUCUUCUGGAAUCUUGGCGAUCUCGCGGGCCGAAUCGCCACGAUGCUGCCUUACUCACUGACCAAGAGGCCGUUUCUGCUCUUCGUGCUGGCUGUGGCGCGAGCCGGCUUUCUUCCGCUCUACCUGCUCUGCAACAUACAUGGCCGGGGCGCCAUCAUCCCCAGCGAUUUCUUCUAUCUUGUCAUUGUCCAGGUUCUCUUUGGCAUGACCAAUGGAUGGCUCUGCUCCAACAUGAUGAUGGCGUCAGGAGAGUGGGUUGAAGAGAACGAGCGGGAGGCUACCGGUGGAUUCAUGGGCUUGUGCUUGGUCGCUGGCCUUGCUUCUGGAAGCUUGCUGAGCUUCACAGCGUCUGGGAUUUAA